GCGGCCUGGCGCCCGGGGCCUCGGCGCUCCCCGCGCAGUCACACUCCGCGCACUCACACACUUGCAAGCGCCUCCCCACGUCCCUCCCCUGCCCUCCUCUUGCUCUGCUCCGCUCUCUCUCCCCACAGACAGUCGCCGACCGACUGCCAAUCCGUGUCCCUCUCUCUCUCUCUCAACAUGACUGCCGGGGAAGCGGUGGCUCAGGCAGAGCGGCGCUGCGGGCGCAGGCUGCAGGAGGAGGAGGAGGAUCAUUAAAAAACGCAGCUCGACUCUGCAACUGGGAGUGGAGAGAAGGAGCCCAACAGCCGAGAAGGGGAGGGAGGGCGGAGGAGGGGACCAGGAAAGACACCCCCGAGCCCCGAAGACAUACAUUUCUGAGUGCCCGGGAGAAGCCUUAACAAGCGGCGCGGAGCCCUUCAAGGCUGCUAAGUUGGCUAUCACAGUGCAAGCCUUGGAGUCCCAAUGGGGGACUCAGGAUCAAGACGAUCUACCCUGGUCUCCCGGUUGCCAAUAUUCAGAAGAAGUAUUAGCAGAAGACAUGAUUCUCUUCCUUCUUCACCCUCCUCCAGUAAUACAGUUGGUGUCCACAGUUCCUCUCCUUCCAGCACUAACUCAAGCUCAGGUAGUACAGGUAAACGCAGAAGCAUCUUCCGUACUCCUUCCAUUAGUUUCCACCAUAAGAAAGGGAGUGAACCUAAGGAAGACACUACCAAUCAGAACCUUAGUAUUUCAAAUGGUGCUCAAUCUGGUCAUAGCAGUAUGCCAAAACUAAGUUUGGAAGAACAUAUUAAAACCAGGGGAAGACAUUCUGUUGGUUUUAGUAGUUCACGAAAUAAGAAGAUAACAAGAUCUUUGACAGAAGAUUUUGAAAGGGUAAAGGAGCACUCAACUAAUAAGAAUGUUUUUAUAAAUUGCCUAAGUUCUGGCAAAAGUGAGGGGGAUGAUUCUGGAUUUACAGAAGAACAAACUCGCCGUUCUGUUAAGCAGUCAACAAAGAAGCUACUUACUAAAUCUUUUUCAUCUCACUAUAAGUUUUCUAAGCCAGUUCCACAGAGUCAAUCCAUUUCAUUGGUACAACAAUCUGGAUUCUCAUUGGAAAUUACACAGUACCAAGAGAGAGAAUCUGUAUUAGUAAGAGCUUCUCCAUCUUGUUCUGUGGAUGUAACAGAACGGGCAGGAAGUUCUUUACAAUCUCCAUUGCUUUCUGCUGAUCUUACAACAGCUCAGACACCUUCUGAAUUCUUAGCCUUGACUGAAGAUUCUGUGUCUGAAGCAGAUGCAUUUCCUAAAAGUGGGAGCAUGGCAUCCCACUGUGACAACUUUGGCCACAAUGAUUCUACCUCUCAGAUCUCUUCCAAUCCUGCUGCUGUUACAAAGACAACAAUAGACCUUAUGGGAACUGUUCCCUGUGCAAUUAUGUCUCCUGGAAAAUACAGGUUAGAAGGCCAAUGUAGCACUGAAUCUAAUUCCUUAUCAGAAACCUCUGCUGCUAAUCAGAAGGAAGUGUUAUUGCAAAUCACUGAACUACCUGUUAUGAAUGGGAACAACUCAGAGGCCCACCUAUCAGGAGACAUGCAAAGAGAAGAACAUAUGGUAGUACAAAAUGGUGAAACAAUGUUGACGACAAGCUCCCCAAGGAAACUUGGCUUUUAUGAGCAGCAUAAAGCAAUAGCUGACCGUGUUAAAGGGAUUCAUCCUAUUUCAGAUUCAAGGAUAAUACCCUCUUCUGCUGAUCAUCAUAUUUUUAACAAAACAUCAUAUGGAUAUGAAUCAAAUCCUGCCAAAGUUCUUGCCAGUAGCUUCAGUCCAUAUCGUGAAGGAAGAUUUAUAGAAAGGCGACUGCGAUCCUCAUCUGAAGGAACUGCAGGGAGUAGCAGAAUGGUUUUGAAACCAAAAGAUGGAAAUGUAGAAGAAGUAAAUAGUCUAAGAAAGCAAAGAGCAGGUUCAUCAUCUUCAAAAAUGAACAGCAUGGAUGUUUUGAAUAAUUUGGGAUCUUGUGAACUGGAUGAAGACGAUCUAAUGCUUGAUCUAGAAUUUUUAGAGGAACAGAAUCUUCAUCCUUCGGUUUGCCGGGAGGAUUCAUACCACUCUGUAGUCUCAUGUGCUGCUGUGGUUCUCACUCCUAUGGAACCAACAAUAGAAAAGAAGAAAAGAGAAGAACUAAAAUUUCCUGAAUCUUCUAAACAGAAUCUGUCCCUGAAAUUAACAAAAGACAUUGAUCAAGAAGUCAGGUGUUCCCAUAUCAGCCGAAUGCCCAGCAGUCCAUCUGCAGACUGGCCCCUGCAAGGUGUGGAAGAAAACGGAGGCCUUGAUUCUCUGCCCUUCAGACUGAUGUUACAGGACUGCACAGCCGUCAAGACGUUAUUAUUAAAGAUGAAGAGAGUUCUUCAAGAGAGUGCAGACAUGAGCCCAGCAAGUAGCACCACUUCACUUCCUGUUAGUCCUCUUACUGAAGAGCCAUUGCCUUUCAAGGAUAUAAUGAAAGAUGAAUGCUCACUGCUGAAGCUGCAGCUGAAAGAACGGGAUGAACUCAUUUCCCAACUUCAGGAAGAGCUGGAAAAAGUCCAGCAUUUACAGAAGGCUUUUGCUUCAAGAGUAGAUAAAUCCACACAGACUGAACUUCUAGGCUAUGAUGGUUUGAACCUGAAAAGACUGGAGUCAGUACAAGGAGGGAGAGAGGCUACAUAUCGAAAUCGAAUUGUGAGCCAAAGUCUCAGCACAAGGGACAGAAAAGCAAUACAUACUCCCACCGAGGACCGUUAUAGAUAUUCAGCAGCUGAUCCGACAAGCCCCUACAAAAGUAAGACCUGUCAACUACCAAGUCUAUGUUUAAGUAAUUUCUUGAAGGACAAGGAACUAGUGGAAGUUAUCAAACACUCAAGAGGAACUUAUGAAACUCUCACUUCAGAGGUUACCCAGAAUUUACGGGCCACCGUAGGGCAGAACCCUCUGAAGCCAACAGCUAAGACCGAAGGGCCCUCCACAUUCUCAGAGAAACCAAAGGACCAAGCUGCUGUGGCCCGACAGCAUUCAACCUUUACAGGACGGUUUGGACAGCCACCGAGAGGGCCAAUCUCUUUACACAUGUACAGCAGAAAGAAUGUUUUUCUCCACCACAAUUUACACACUACUGAGCUGCAGACUCUAGGCCAGCAGGAUGGAUAAUCACCCUAUUCCUGUCUCUCGGUAGGAUAAGGAUGGUUAGUGUUUCUCGUGCAUAGUUCAUGUUUAAAUUGUCAUAUCUUUACUUUUUAUUUUUAGUUAUAAACAAAGAAUUGUGCACUUUUUUUUUUUUUUUUAGAAUGAGGGUUCAGGCAUGUUAAUUGAAUUAGGUUUGAUAGCCUUGAAGACUUUAUUAUAUAUAUGUAUAAUAAAUGGGACCAUCUUGUUGGUUUAUAUAGCCCAUAAUUUAUCUUAAUCAGUCACUGAUAUGCAUUGAAGUUUCAGAAGGUAAUAUCAAAUAGCACUCUGUUCACUUAAUGGUGUUACUGUGAAAAUAGACGUGAGGAAUACAUAGAUAAAGGAACUGUAAAGAAUUUUAAAUUACAUAGUUAAUAGAAGGAGAAGAAAAGAAGGAUUUUAAAGUCUUAUAUUUGGUGUGUAUUUAUUUGAAGAAUGAAGCUUGCUUGCAUGUAACCUAGAGACGAAUCUGUCUCUGUUACAUACAUUCAAGUUUAUCUUGCCAUACUAUUAAGGGGGAAACGGCUAUUUCUUUUAUCCUCUAAAUGUUUAGUUCACACUGGUUCACAAAGGAUUCCCAACUGAGUAAUUGCUAUCCAAAUAGAGAAUGACAGCUCUGAACUUUGAAAAAUUUUGCUGUUUUGCUAUGGAUGUUGAAGUAGUAUGACAUAACACAGUGAGGUGGUAAAGUUGGCUGAGUUUUGUCAAAUCAUGCAUAAAGCAUGACAUGUUAUACUCUGAGUCACUGCCAUGGCAAUAUCAGCAUUUUUUUUUUAAUCUGAAGGAUGGAUCAUUCUAAGAAAACUAAUUUUCUUCAUUUUCCUUGUAUUUUUAACAUUUUUACUUAUUUUUAUGUAUGUCCAAUUAAUUAUUCUAUGUGAUGAGUUGAGGGACAGAAAGUCAAUUUCUUGGUAGCCCAGUAUACAAAAUUCUGACAAUUCAGUCACCUAGAUUUAGAACAAAAAGUAAAUAUAUGUGAACUUUGGCAGUUUGGUCUUAGAAAUAAAUCUCUAACAGAAGUGUUUCAAACUCAUUCCAUGGGAAAUAUUUCUCUUUAACAAACAAGACCUAAUAUGUUUUAUACAUAAGUACACAUGAGAUAGAUCAAUAAAUCUAAUUAAUUACUGUAUGUGUAAUUAAUAACAGAGCUGUAUGCAGCUAUAGGACUAACUAACUAGUUUUAAAACAGUAUGAGUCAGGGCUGCAAUUUUCAUAUAUGGAUAAAAGCUAGUAACUUAUCCAUAUUAGGCAUAGUCCAUGCAAAUUGAAAUUGUCAUACCUACUGCAUGAUCUAUUUCCCUUGCAUUCUGUAACAGACAGACUCCAUCAGCAUGUAUAAAUGAAAUGAAUAAAGGGAAAUUGAGAUAGCAGUUUUAGCAUGGCAUCUGACUAAUCUGCUUAAAUUAAAGCUGUGUAUGAAAUUCAUCUCUUAAUACAAAAAUGGAUUUGAGCUCUAUCCUUUGGGGAAAAGCUAUUAAAUUUCCCCUCAGCUUUAACUGUUAAACUUUGCUCCAUUUUUACACUUUGAUUAGAAUUGGUAGAAGUCAAGAGCCUAGUGGAAAUGUUUUACGUUUAAUUUUGGUUUUCCAAAGGAAGACAUAUGCGCAUCAAGACAAACGUUUGCCAAAUGUUUUCUUCGUGUGUUUGCAAUUCUGCCAAAAGAGAACAAUACACACAGAAACUUGCUUGGCUUAUUGAGACUGCUAUCUAAAAUUCCCACUCUACUUUAGAUGCUAUAAUAUUCAUGCAGAUAUACAUUUUGGGCUGGGCAAUAUUUAAGAAAUGAUAGAGAAACUAUGAUUAUUAGUUGUGGAAUUCAGCUUCGUUUAUCCUGAAUGUUGGUGUGUCGUUGCUAGAGUAUUUGAAGUCUGUAAAUAGAUUAGCACGAUAAAAUAAUCAAGGAUUUUUUCCCAGGAUAUGGAAGAACUGUGUAUCACAAAUAAUGUUUUUGAUUUGGACUUUUGGAGUUUAUAGUUUUGUUUUCCUGAAAGAUAGACUUUUGAAUUAUGCUUUGUAAAAAUAUAGUCUAUUUAAGAAAAUCUGUCAUUUAAUAGACAUUUUAAGAGACAUUUUAAACUCUAGUAUUUUCUUGAAAAAUCUUUUUUAAAGCUGAAAUCUUCAAAAAGAAAACCCGGAUUCAACAGUUCAAUUUUAAAAGGAGGGGUAUUUUUUGGAACUAUCAUCUUAAAGCUGUUUUGUAUCAGUAUUUUCAGCAUUGUUAUAAUAUUAUUUGUAAUACUAAGUGUAACUCAGGCCUGGAGAAGGUAUAAGCCCACUAUGCUACUGUACAUCAGUCACUGUAAAACAGGGAUCCUUUGUAAGUCCCUCUUGUGUAUAUAUAGUCACUCCUAACAAUGGCACGUGGGUAUUCUUUCAGCAAACUGAUUUCUUUGUACGAAAAUCUCUAGUUUUCUAAGGCAGUUCCAUGUAUAAAAAUGAUUUAUACAUUUCUCCAAGGCGGUACAUAUCCAAAGAAAUGACACCAGGGGGAAAAAGUGCUUGUUUUUCUGAAGGAAGCAGUUGUCUUUUCUUUCCCUUCCUCUUUCUUCUGUGCAUGUGUGUGUGUAGCUAAGCCUAAGCAACCCUGUAAAAUUUCUGCUGCAAAUGGUCUCUUCUGAAUUUCGAAUGUGUUUUAAAGGACACUUAAGAAGAGAUAUUCCUCGAGGAAAAGCUGUUUCCACCUGAAAUAAACUGUUCCCGUUUUUGUAAUUAUUGGAACAUGCAACUCUUUCUAUGAACUCAGUGAUUUUUUUUUGAGUAAUUUUAUAUGCUAACAGAGUCACAGCAAAAUUAUGAAUUACCUCUCCAACUAUUUUUGCUUCUUUGGAGCACCAUUGUCUUUGUGCAAAUAACACCUUGAAACAGUAGCUGCAAUGCUCAAGGUAUGAAUCUACCAGUAUCAAAAUGCUCAGGGUAAGAACCUAGAGCCACACGUUAUUCAACUUGUUUUUGUCAUUUUUGGUUGAGAAAUAAAUAGAAUAGCAAGCUAGUAGUCGCCAUUAAACAUUUGUAGACAUGUCCACACUUUCCUAGUUUAAAAUAUUCACAAACUGUCAUGAUUAAUUUGGGUUUGUAAUCUAUGUUUUCCGAGGUUUAAUCCUAGCCCAUUGUCAUUAUUUCCUGAAUUUUACUGAAUUCAAAGGAAAUGUCACUUUUUUUUUUUGCCUUGUGUGCAUUUAAGAGGUAAUAUCUCCCCCUGAAAAGUUGGUAUUUUUAAAUUAUCAUCUAAUUCUAGACUACGUCUGCAAGAUAACCACAUUCCACUCACUAGUCCUCCCAAGAAUAGUCUUAGUAACUUAGUUGUUGAUGGAACAGUAAGAGCAGUUUAUUGACUGGCAAGUAGUGUUUCUCCACAUUCAUUAUCAUCUUUCCCAUUAUCAAAAAGUGGUAAUACAUUACAGUGAGAAAUGUGGAAUACAGAGUAUAAUCUUACAGUCUUAUAAUGUCAAUUUUGUCCCACAUUUUCACCUUCAGAAUUAUACAUUCUGAGUAUCUAUAUAACUAUGAAGUACUUCAAAGCAAACCUUAAACUCCAUGUGGUUCAAAGUAGAAUAAGAAAGGGGAAUAUCUAAAGGUGCUGUCUGCAAUUGCCAUGCAUAUGACUGAGUCACAUUCCCUGUGGCUGAGGCUUUUCCCUCGGUGAUAGAUCAGUUUAAAUGCAGCACUGAUUCAUUUAUACUAGGAUUUUAAUUGCAUUCUGAGACUUGACUCUAGAAAUUAUUAUCAAGUCUAUUAUGUAUUUUCUUUUUUCUUUUUGUACAAGAAACAGGUCAAUUAUACAUUAUGUAUUCUUUGGGAAUUUACACCUCCUGGAAUUUAAACUUUUUUUUUCUUGCUCAUUUUUUAUGUGCUAACUUUGUCAUGCCAACUCUAGGCUACAUCUAAACACAUGGUAGCGAUGAUGGAAAAUAUAAACUGUUUGGGUUCUUAUAAAAAGCUGAAUUACACUGUGUAGAAAAGCAAACAGCCAACUAUCAACCAAAGAAGCCUACUACUCUAACAAUCUACAUUAUCAUCAAAUCUUUAUUUUUCAAAUCUUACUCUGUGCUAAAUUCUUUCACCAAUAGUCAGGGCCACAAACAAAUUAAUUUGAUCUUGCUCAGAACCCAGCUGCAGUUCCAAGUAGCAUAGGCCAAAAACAAAAGUCAAAGAUCCACCUUCUAGCUGUGUUACACAUGGAAAAGGAUGAAGGUGGUAUACCCUAUUUCCGACCUGGAGAGUUUCCCACAAAAUAGUGACACAAUAAAAAGCUCCUAAUACAGACUGGGUUUCUUCCACCUGAAUAAGUGAUCUAGAAUGUGGGAUAUCAUGUUUCUUUCUAGAGAAGUUUCAGUGAGGUCCCUUUAACUUUACUGAUUAAUCUAACAAACUUACUUUUUCUUCCUUAACAUGAAAUUCAAGAAAAGGAGCUUCUAUAGAGUAUCAUCCUUUCCAAACUUUACCUCCUUGCUUCCGUAAGCUCAGGUUACAUAACAAAAUACUAUAGACUGGGUGGCUUAAUCAAUAGACAUUUAUUUCCCAUAGUUCUGUAGGCUGGAAAGUCUAGUACACAAGUGCUAGCAGUUUUAGUUCCUGGCUUGCAGACAGCUAUGUCAUUUUCACUAUGUCUUCCUCUCAAAAGGUCACAAAUUGCAUCACAUGGCCUCACCAUCCUGACCUCAUCUAAAUCCAAUUAUUUUCCAAAGAUCUGACUCCCCAAUACCGUCACAUUGGGGCAAAGGUUUCAAAAUAUGACUUUAGGGGGAACACAAAGAUCCAUUCCAUAGCAUUAAUUUUCAGCUUAAAAUCACCUAAUAAGUUCCCUAUAGUUUUAUGCAUUUCGUAGAUGAGAUCAGUAAGUUGGUAAUUUCCCAAGGACAUGCAGCAUGUAUGUUGACCUGGAUUCCAUAUUCCUUGAUCUUUUCCAUUUACACUGUGCUUACCUCCAGAGUAGGCUCCCUCCCAAGGAAGCAGAGUGACUCAGGCAAACAUGUGCAGACUCAUUCACCCUCACUCUUACAAUUCCAUUGAUAUUGCUCAGGAAGAUCUGAGCAAUGAUCUAUUUUAGCAAAAAAAGCUACUGAUUCAAAAGCAUUUUUAAAACAAGUAUUGAUGUUUCGAUCACUAAAUAUAGAAUCCUGAGAGGAAAGUACUUAUUGUAUUUCAAGGCUGUCUCCUAGAAAAUCUAACAUCCUAAAUUUCUUUUCUUGAAGGCAAUUGGAAAAAACACUGACAUAAUUUCAUGUUAUAUAUUUUUUUAAAGGAGAGGGCCAAUAAAGUGUCUAACAUAAAACAUACAAUAGGUGAAAAAUAAUGUAGUUAUCAGAUUAUUUUCUUUCCUUCAUUUUCUGAGGAUAUUGAUAUAGAUAUCAUUAAAUGUGAUACUUUUUGUGUUGCCUUAUAUACAUCUGAAAAACAAGAUCUUUACAAAAUUAGUUUGGAUAGCUCUAUGUAGAGACAAAAGUUACAGCUCAUUUAAAGUUUCCUAAAUAUUUGGAAGGAAUUAAAAUGGGAAUUGCAAACUUACUCAUUCUAAAUUUUAAAUAAAAUAUACUUUAUAGUUAAUCAUAUACCUAAGUAAUAUCUGAAUAAAAGAUAAUCCUAUUGUUGUCUCUUCCAAAAUCUUAUUUUCAGGAAUGCAAAUAAUUUGAAUAUUAGCUAAACCCUAUUUUUUAGAGGGAAAAGAUUAUAUUGGAUGUAUUCUAAUGUACAUUGGUCUGAAAUUAACAACAUAACAAUGUUUUCUAUUCUCUAAAACUAAAAAUUUAGUGAGAAAGUAAUAAAUAGCAAAUUACUCUGGAAAUUCUAAUUUUUAGUAAUAUUGAAUGCCAUAGUAUAAAUUCUUUCGUGGCUCUUGAUUUCCCAAUAAAGGCAAUGAUUUUAUUUAAUGGAAAUUUCACCAUUUGACUACGAUUCUGAGAAAAAAUUGAUACACUUAAGCAUGGUGAUUUUAAAAAUAUGCAUUAAUUCCUGUGCAAAAUAAAAUUUAAAACAACAAGAA